CGUUCACACCGAAACAUUAUUGUGCCCGUCCGCGCUGUGUUUAUUGUUUUUCUUUGCGCGAGACGGACGUCCUUGAACGUUGUGCCGCAUCUCGCUGUUAUUUUAUUAUCUCGUGCAGGAACGCCUCGUUUUUUUUGUUUAAAAGAAGUUCAACCGUUAAAAACGCGAGUCUGCCAAUUUUUUAUUUCAUUUUUUUGUUGUUGCGCAAAACAACUUUGCUGUGAACGGCCCAUCCACAGAAAGGUCGCGCAGUGCAGUAUAUAUUUACGUUAUUCCUGCAGAAUUAACCAGCUUGUGGUUGAAAAUCUAUCUUUGUGCUCAAAUUGGAUCAAGCCAUCACAAUCGGAUGUACACCUGUAGAUUAUUCUCUUAACCACCAUCCCAGUUCUCUGUUCAAUGCCUAACACUGUGGAAAGUGAAGGUGCCAAGGUAUCUACUAGUACUGAUCAGGAGGUCCCAUCACGGGCCCCGGGCAGAGAGAAUGAGCGCGACCGCAGCUUCUUGAGCCCCUUGACAUGUGAUGUGCUGCGGGCACGACGGGCCUCCAGUGCAGAGCUCCAGCUUCCUUGGUCUUGCCCUGUAACACACUCCCAGGAGAAGUUCUACACUGUCUGCUCAGACUACGCACUGCUCAACCGAGCCCGACCCAUCAUUACAUCUGUUGAUGCGCUGUCAACCAAACCAGACAGCGGGACAUCAUUGGUCAAUUCCAUCACUGGGACCCCUUCCCAGAGUCAUUCUGGUGGAAUCAGCGUGUCUCUAGAAAGCAAUUGCAAUAUGGAGGUUGUGUCAUCCAGCAACAAGCCAAUGCUGGCCUGGGAGAUUGACACUUCUGAUUUUGAUGCUGUUUUAAUCAGAAAAACUAGAGCAAGUAAUUUAAAGAAAUUCAACUCAAAGAAAAUGAAAUCAUCAGACAGGCUGAGCAGAAAUCUGCAAGAUCUCUCACCUCAAGCCUCUCUGGAGGAGAUCAAACAAAGAAAAGUCUUGGACCUCCGUAGAUGGUACUGCAUCAGCCGUCCGCAGUACAAAACUUCAUGUGGAAUGUCUUCACUUGUUUCAUGCUGGAACUUUCUAUACAGUACUUUAGGGGCAGGCAGCCUCCCACCCCUUUCUCAAGAAGAAGCCCUGCAUAUACUUGGUUUCCAGCCUCCGUUUGAAGAUAUCAAAUUUGGACCGUUCACCGGCAAUGCCACUUUGAUGCGAUGGUUCAGACAAAUCAAUGAUAAUUUUCGAGUCCGAGGAUGCCCUUAUAUUCUUUACAAACCUCAUGGGAAGCACAAGACCGCAGGAGAGACAGCUGAGGGGGCUUUGCAGAAGCUGACUCAGGGACUCAAAGAUGAAUCUAUGGCCUAUAUUUACCACUGUCAAAAUCACUACUUCUGUCCUGUGGGCUAUGAAGCUACACCACUGAAAGCAGUCAAAGCAUACAGGGGGCCAUUGCCUCGUAAUGAGAUGGAGCAUUGGAUUCUCAUUGGCGAACCAAGCAGGAAACACCCUGCAAUCCACUGUAAAAAGUGGACUGAUAUUGUGACAGAUCUGAACACUCAAAACCCAGAAUACUUUGAUAUUCGCCAUAUAGAAAGAGGCAUUCAGUAUCGUAAAACCAAGAAGGUAGGGGGCAAUCUACAUUGCAUCAUGGCCUUCCAAAGAGUGAACUGGCAAAAGCUGGGACCAUGGGCAUUGGAAAACCUUAGGCAUGAUCUACACCAUCAGGCUCCAGAAUACAGAGGUCAAGCGGCAACAGAGGACGGUUCAGAAGUGAGAGCAGUGAAACGCUUGGGCCGGUCCCUCAGUACAGGGAAUCAGAAGCCAGACAACGCCUGGAAGCGUUUGUCCAACACAGCAGAGUAUAGGCAGAGAGGCUCUCCAGACAGUGACCUAGAUGAAGAUAUAAAUGAUUAGGUAUCAACCCUCCUCAUGAAGAGCUAAUUGGGUUUUUGAUUGUUAUAAACAAGCACAUUUACCUCUUCUGGUUGUUGGCAACAGUGAAAUGUUAUAAUUUGAUAUGUUAGAUUAGAUUGCACUGCAGGAAAAAUGUGAUUGUAUAGUGGGUGACUCUGGGUUGGACACCGCAAACGAACGGGCUUGAUCCCCAUAGAUUGGAGCAAUCACCAUUGUGCACUUAAGCAAGGUACUUAAAGGGAUAGUUCAUCCAAAAAUUUACAUUUUCUCAUCAUAUACUCACCCUCAUGCCAUCCCAGAUGUGCAUAACUUUCUUUCUUCAGCAGAACACAAAUAAAGAUUUUUUUAGAAGAAUAUCUCUGCUCUUUUGGUCCAUACAAUGCAAGUGAAUGGGUGCCAAAAUUUUGAAGCUCCAAAAAUCACACAAAGUAUAAAAGUAUUACUUUACAAUGUCUCCAGAAGUGAUUUGAUAGGUGUGAGUUAGAAACGGAUCAAUAUUUGUCAAUUUUUACUACAAAUUCUCCACUUUAACUUUCACAUUCUUUUUGUGUUUUUGGUAAUUCACAUUCUUCAUGCAUACACUCCCUACAAUGCAGGGGGAAGAAUUUCUAGCAAAAAAUUACUUAAAUAUUGAUCUGUUUCCACCCAUGGAUUUCACCACUGGAGUUUUAUGGAUUACCUUUAAGCUGCCUUUAUGUGAUUUUUGGAGCUUCUAAAUUUUGGCACCUAUUCAUUGUAUUGUAUAGACCUAUAGAGCUGAAAUAUUCUUAUAAAAAUCUUAAUUUGUGUCCUGCAAAAGAAAGAAAGUAUUGCAUAUCUGGGAUGGCAUGAGGGUGAGUAAAUAAUGAGAGAAUUUUCAUUUUUGGGAAAACUAUUCCUUUAACCCCUGAUUGCUCCCCAUAUAUUGUUCUGGUAUUAAGUUCAUGGUGCCAUUCUUCAUGGUGUAAAAGUCUUCUAAACAAAUUUAAUCUGCCCUAGUUAUGUGGUGAUAAUGGUUCAAAAUUACUACCCAUUGGCUCUUCAAGAAGAGGUUUGGUCACUUCUGAUUGGUCAAAAUGCUGCUUUGGAAAACAUAUUGUGUUUAAACAGAUUAGUAAGUAAACUGUGCAAUAGACCCUUUCCACAUUUCUGGGUUUGGAAAGCGGAAUUAAACCAUAGCUGGGUAAACUUUUAUAGUAGGUACAUUGGAGACUAUAGCAAUAUAAUUUUUUUGAAUUCCCAUCUGCUCCACUAUUACAUUUCCAUGACUUUCCAAAAGAGUGGAAAACAAUAUAGAGAGAUUAUGGCUGUAAGAUGAGAGAAAGAAGCCAAAUGUACUAUAUGAAACCCCGUUGCAGCAGUGCUAAGUAUUUUUUUUAUUAUUAAUGCCAGGUUAAUAUAACACAAAGAAUAAUUAUAUAAAUUGACGUUAAAUAUUUAAAAACUUAAAAUAUAAAAGGUUUACUACUUUUAACGCUGCUAAUUAAUGCGGAAAUACUUUAUCACUGUCUGUGAAAAUGGUCCAUUAACUGCAACUACCAAGAUCAUUAAGUUAAUAUUUUAUUUUAAAAUCAAUAGCAUAGUGAUCAUAGUGAUUCAGUGGCAUGCUUCUUGUUGGACAUAGUAGAUAAUUGGACCAAACUAUGGACUGUUCUAUGAAUGACUAAUUUGCCUAGAGUGCAUACAGAACACUCGUAACACUACAUGGAAGACUGUUAUUUAUCAAUACAGCUUCUAUUAUUAUAUGAACUUUAUAUAUAUAACUUUAUUAGUAUAAGUCAUGAAACAGAACAAACUAUGUCAAAGUUAACAGAGCAGAACAUAUCAGGCUGUUAAGUGUCUAAAGUGAGAAUUUAAACAUUUAAUUUCACACUGCUGGAUCAAAUUCAGGUUAUAGUGAAGUGACAUGGUCCUCUAUGACAAUGCUUUCUUAUUGUAAAUAGCAAGAAUUACAUAUUCUUUGUGAAAUGCUCUAAGCUAAGACUGCAUGAUUGCUUCCAUGUUAUGUGCAUAACAAUUUAUGUUUUUCCUUUAAAGGGAUAGUUCACCCAAAAUUAAAAUUCCUUCUUCAUUUACUCACCCUCAUACCAUCCCAGAUGUGUGUUACUUUAUUCUUCUAAAUACAAAAAUGAAGACUUUUUAGAAGAAUAUCUUAACUAUGUAGGUCCAUACAAUGGAAGUGAAUGGAUGCCAAAAUAAAAGCAUCAUAAAAGUAAUCCAUACAGCUUGAAGAAGAAGUGAUAUAAUAGGUGUGGGUGAGAAAUAGACCAAUAUUGAAGUCCUUUUUUGCCAAAACAUUCUUCUCAAUGCCCAGUAGGGGGCAGCAAGGGUCACCAAAAACACAAGGAGAAGAAUGUGAAAGUCAUCUGUUUCUCACUCACACCUAUCAUACUGCUUUUAAAGACAUUAAGUUAACCCCUAGAGACAUAUGGAUUACUUGUAUUGCUGAUUUAUGUGAGCUUGAAAAUUUUGGCACCCAUUCACUUGCAUUGUAUGAACCAAAAGAGCUUAGAAAUUCUUCUAAAUAUCUUCAUUUGAGUUCAGCAGAAGAAUGUCAUAUACAUCUGGGAUUUGAGAAUUUAAAUUUUUGGGUGAACUAACCCUUUAACACCGCAAUAUUCAAGUAAUAAUGCUCAAUGUCUAAUCAUCACAAAUCCCAUAUUCAUGAGUCUAAUGUGUUGGUAUUUUUAUUAAUAAAUAAAGUAUUUAUAC